AUGCCCCUUCCAAAAUCUGAAAAGCAAAUGAGAUAUAAUUCCGAUUAUGAAAAAUGUGGAGAAGUUAUAAUUCCUUAAAUAGACAAAGAUAAAGGAAAAGAUUCUGAUUUACAUAUAUAUGCAUAAUAUCUAAAUAAUAAAUAAUUAUCUUUUGUAGCCUUUGCUAAAAUAGUUAUCCAUGAAAUGACUCAUGUUUUGGGUUUUUCAGAACAUUCAAUACCUUUAUGGAUAUAAUCUGAUAAAAGUCUUUAUCCUGAACCUACUUUAAAAAAAAAAUUAAGGGGAAUAGAUACUUUAUUUCUCAAAACGCCUAAAGUUUUGUAGUUUGCUCGAAAAUAUUUUAAUUGUCCUGCCUUAACUGGUGUGCCUCUUGAAAAUUUAGGAGGCCCAGGUUCUAUAAAUUCACAUUGGAAAAACACAAUAAUCAAUAGCGAAUAUAUGAAUUCAUAAUAAUAAUCUGUAUAGUCAUAUUUUAGUGGUUUUACAGCCAAUCUUUUAAGAGACACUGGCUUCUAUGAGGAAAUAAAAGAAUCUAUGGAGGAAGAAAUAUUCUAUGGGAAAGCAGCAGGCUGUCAACACGUCACUGGUUAAUGUAAUUGUACUAAAAAUGAGUUUUGUAUUCCUACAAAAGAUUAAAAUUUAUGUGAUUUCUCCCAUAUUGGGGCUUCAAUUUGUAUUGCUGAUUAAUUUAAUGAACCUAAUUUUCUAACGGAUAAUUAGUGA